AUGGAGGAGGGCCCGGGGCCGGGCGGGAGCUGCAGGACCCUCUCAGUCCAGCGGCUCGCCGGGGACGGGGUUCUGCUCGCCCUGGCCUUGCUUCCUUCCAAGCAGGGGUCCUCCAAGGAGACGCUUGCAGAGCUGAGGGGCCGCCUGGGGAAGAUCAACGCGCUGGUGAAGAAAGCCCAGCUCCCGGCUAGUGCCUCAGAGACAGGUGGAGAUCUUCAGAACAGGCUGAAGCAGGUUCGGCUGCUGGAGGCCAAGAUCCGCGAGAGGGAAAGGUCCAAAGAGGAGGAGAAGCCGGCGGAUGUUUCUCAGCUCCCGCUGGUUGCGAAGGAACCGGAGCCUGCAGCCGAGGCCAGGGAGAAGGCUCCGGCGUACCAGCGCUUCCAGGCCCUAGCCCAGGACACCCCCCCGGGGCUCACGCUGCCCUACCAGUACAGGGUCCUGGCCGAGAUGUUCUGCAGCAUGGACACCAUCGUGGGGGUGCUUUUCAACCGCUCGGAGGCAGCGACCUUCAGCAAGGUCAAGCAGGGCGUCCAGGACAUGAUACGCAAGCAGUUUGAGGAGCGGCACCUGGGCCAGAUCAAGGCGGUGUUCCCAGCCUCCUACACGCUGCGUCAGGAGAAGAACAUUCCCACUUUCGGCGGCGGCGGCGGCUCGCAGCGGCGCUCCUAUCAGCUCACCGUCGAGCCUGUGCUGGGGGCCGGUGAGAAGCUGUCGGCGUCCCGCCUGAUGGAGCGCCGGAAGACGUUCAGCAGGAACCUGGUGAACAUUGUCAAGGAGCAUCACAAGGCCUUCCUGGCUGCGCUGCAGCCCCCCAUGGAGAUCCCGGAGCACAAGCUGACCAGGUGGCACCCCCGCUUCAACGUGGACGGCGUGCCCGACAUCAUCCCGGCCGCGCUGCCCCAGGCCCCCCAGGAGGACAAGAUUACCACGGCGCAGGAGAUGCUGGCGAGGGCCCACGGCAUGCUGACCCCCAAGAUGGAAAAAGCCCUGACCAACCUGGCACUGAGGACCGCCCUAAGCAGCCCCCCCGCACCCGCGUCUCCCCGGCCGGCCCCGCCGGACACUCCCGACAGCCUGAGAGGCGUGUCGCAGUCCUUGCUGGAGAGGAUCCGAGCCAAGGAAGCGCAGAAGCUGCAGGCACUCAUGACGCGGGACCCGGAGCAGGAGCGGCGGCUGGACAUGCUGGGCCGCCUGCCCGAGAUGGCGCGGGUCCUGCGCAGCGUCUUCGUUGCGGAGAAGAAGCCGGCGCUCCCGCUGGAGGUGGCGGGCCAGCGCAUGGUGGCCAGCUGCCGGGCCCUCAUGACGCCGGGAGAGAUGGAGAAGCACCUGCGCCUCUUCGCAGAGCUGCUUCCGGACUGGGUCAGCAUCCUCCCCAUCCGGCAGGAGACGUACAUCAAGCUGGACAGAAACACGGACCUGAACCUCAUCACCGAGAGGCUGGCCACGCGGAUACGGGAAGAGGAGAGGCUGUGACGCCCCCGCCCAGGAGGGCCGCUUGGCCCCGCGAGGCCCUCCGCACCCAGGUCCUCCUUGGCAAAGGCUCUUCUGGAUGAGAUUUGUGUAGCUGCUUGUUCUCCUCUUCCAGUUGGAGGCACCCAGCACUGGGAACACACGGACUGCUUUUUAAGGCUUUGCUUGCUAUUCUCCUUUUGGCCCUGCUGGUGAACAGCUGGCGCCACGGCCACACGGGGGCAGCACGCGCGACCCACAGCCGAGCUCCCAAGGACCAGCAUCCUGCCCCUUGCAGGCUGAACAGCCGUCAGGACGGGCCCUGCCAGACCACGCCGUCCCUGCCUGCCUUUUGCACGAUGCGAGCGGUCUCAUUCUGGGCAGAGCGGCGAGGUGCUGGGCUGUGCUUCCUUCGGGUUUUUCACAGGUUUCUUGUGGCAAGGGGAUGAAAAGUACAUUUUAAUUCAAAAAGCAGAUUGGUUCUAUUUUAAAAUGUGACUUGAAUAUGAUGUUUGGCAUUAAAACUUUACAGGUGGGA